AUGUUUGACAAUUCUCCCUCUUUCCCUCACCCCGCCCUACUCUCCCUCUUUCCAUCACCCCGCCCCAUUCUCCCGCUUUCCAUCACCCCGCCCCAUUCUCCCGCUUUCUAUCACCCCGCCCCAUUCUCCCGCUUUCCAUCACCCCUCCCCAUUCUCCCGCUUUCCAUCACCCCGCCCCAUUCUCCCUCUUUCCAUCACCCCUCCCCAUUCUCACUCUUUCCAUCACCCCGCCCCAUUCUCCCGCUUUCCAUCACCCCGCCCCAUUCUCCCACUUUCCAUCACCCCGCCCCAUUCUCCCUCUUUCCAUCACCCCUCCCCAUUCUCCCUCUUUCCAUCACCCCGCCACAUUCUCCUGCUUUCCAUCACCCCGCCCCAUUCAACCCGCCCCAUUCUCCCUCCUUCCAUCAACCCGCCCCAUUCUCCCGCUUUUCUUCACCCCGCCCCAUUCUCCCUCUUUCCAUCACCCCGCCCCAUUCUUCCGCUUUUCAUCACCCUACCCCAUUCUCCCUCUUUCCAUCACCCCGCCCCAUUCCCCCUCUUUCCAUCAGCCCGCCCCAUUCUCCCGCUUUUCUUCACCCCGCCCCAUUCUUCCGCUUUUCAUCACCCCGCCCCAUUCUCCCGCUUUCCAUCACCCCGCCCCAUUCUCCCGCUUUCCAUCACCCCGCCCUUUUCUCCCGCUUUCCAUCACCCCGCCCCAUUCUCCCGCUUUCUAUCACUCCGCCCCAUUCUCCCGCUUUCCAUCACCCCGCCCCAUUCUCAAGCUUUCCAUCACCCCGCCCCAUUCUCCCGCUUUCCAUCACCCCGCCCCAUUCUCCCGCUUUCCAUCACCCCGCCCCAUUCUCCCGCUUUCCAUCACCUCGCCCCAUUCUCCCGCUUUCCAUCACCCCGCCCCUUUCUCCCUCUUUCCAUCACCCCGCCCCAUUCUCCCGCUUUCCAUCACCCCGCCCCAUUCUCCCGCUUUCCAUCACCCCGCCCCGUUCUCCCGUUUUCCAUCACCCCGCCCCAUUCUCCCCCUUUCCAUCACCCCGCCCCAUUCUCCCUCUUUUCAUCACCUCGCCCCAUUCUCCCUCUUUCUAUCACCCCACCCCAUUCUCCCUCUUUCCAACGCCCCGCCCCAUUCUUCCGCUUUUCAUCACCCCGCCCCAUUCUCCCUCUUUCCAUCACCCCGCCCCAUUCCCCCUCUUUCCAUCAGCCUGCCCCAUUCUCCCGCUCUCCAUCACCCCGCCCUAUUCUCCCUAUUUCUAUCACCCGGCCCCAUUCUCCCGCUAUCCAUCACCCCGCCCCAUUCUCCCGCUUUCCAUCACCCCGCCCCAUUCUCCCGCUUUCCAUCAACCCGCCCGAUUCUCCCGCUUUCCAUCACCCCAAGCCAUUCUCCCUCUUUCCAUCACCCCGCCUCAUUCUCCCGCUUUCCAUCACCCCGCCCCAUUCUCCCGCUUUCGAUCACCCCGCCCCAUUGUCCCUCUUUCCAUCACCCCGCCCCAUUGUCCCUCUUUCCAUCACCCUGCCCCAUUCUCCCUAUUUCCAUCACCCCACCCCAUUCUCCCGCUUUCAAUCACCCCGCCCCAUUCUCCCGCUUUCCAUCACCCCGCCCCAUUCUCCCGCUUUCCAUCACCCCGCCCCAUUCUCCCCCUUUCCAUCAACCCGCCCCAUUCUCCCUCUUUCCAUCACCCCGCCCUAAUCUCCCUCUUUCCAUCACCCCGACCCAAUCUCCCGCUUUCCAUCACCCCGCCCCAUUCUCCCGCUUUCCAUCACCCUGCCCCAUUCUUCCGCUUUCCAUCACCCCGCCCCAUUCUCCCUCUUUCCAUCUCCCCGCCCUAUUCUCCCUCUUUCCAUCACCCUGCCCCAUUCUCCCGCUUUCCAUCACCCAGCCCCAUUCUCCUGCUUUCCAUCACCCAGCCCCAUUCUUCCGCUUUCCAUCACCCCGCCCCAUUCUCCCUCUUUCCAUCACCCCGCCCAAUUCUCCCUCUUUCCAUCACCCCUCCCCAUUCUCCCUCUUUCCAUCACCCCGCCACAUUCUCCCGCUUUCCAUCACCGCGCCUCAUUAUCCCUCUUUCCAUCACCCCGCCCCAUUCUCCCGCUUUCCAUCACACCGCCCCAUUCUCUUGCUUUCCAUCACCCCGCCCCAUUCUCCCUCUUUCCAUCACCCAGCCCUAUUCUCCCUCUUUCCAUCACCCCGCUCCAUUCUCCCGCUUUCCAUCACCCCGCCCCAUUCUCCCGCUUUCCAUCACCCCACCCCAUUCUCCCGCUUUCCAUCACCCCGCUCCAUUCUCCCGCUUUCCAUCACCCCGCUCCAUUCUCCCUCUUUCCAUCAUCCCUCCCCAUUAUCCCUCUUUCCAUCACCCCGCCCCAUUCUUCCUCUUUCCAUCACCCCGCCCCAUUCUCCCGCUUUUCAUCACCCCGCCCCAUUCUCCCUCUUUCCAUCACCCCGCCCCAUUCUCCCGCUUUCCACCACCCCGCCCCAUUCUCCCGGUUUCCAUCACCCCGCCCCAUUGUCCCUCUUUCCAUCACCCCACCCCAUUCUCUCGCUUUCCACCACCCCGCUCCAUUCUCUUGCUUUCCAUCACCCCGCCCAAUUCUUUCUCUUUCCAUCACCCCGCCCCAUUCUCCCUCUUUCCAUCACCCCGCCCCAUUCUUCGGCUUUCCAUCACACCACCCCAUUCCCUCGCUUUCCAUCACCACGCCCCAUUUUCCCUCUUUCCAUCACCCCGCCCCAUUCUCCCGCUUUCCAUCACCCCGCCCCAUUCUCCCGCUUUCCAUCAACCCGCUCCAUUCUCUCGCAUUCCAUCACCCCGCCCAAUUCUCCCUCUUUCCAUCACCCCUCCCCAUUCUCCCUCUUUCCAUCACCCCGCCCCGUUCUCCCGCUUUCCAUCACCCCGCCCCAUUCUCCCUCUUUCCAUCACCCCGCCCCAUUCUCCCGCUUUCCAUCACCCCGCCCCAUUCUCCCUUUUCCAUCACCCCGCCCCAUUCUCCCGCUUUCCAUCACCCAGCCCCAUUCUCCCUCUUUCCAUCAGCCCGCCCCAUUCUCCCGCUUUCCAUCACACCACCCCAUUCUCCCGCUUUCCAUCACCACGCCCCAUUUUUCCCUCUUUCCAUCACCCCGCCCCAUUCUCCCGCUUUCCAUCACCCCACCCCAUUCUCCCGCUUUCCAUCACCCCGCUCCAUUCUCCCGCAUUCCAUCACCCCGCCCAAUUCUUCCUCUUUCCAUCACCCCUCCCCAUUCUCCCUCUUUCCAUCACCCCGCCACAUUCUCCCGCUUUCCAUCACCGCGCCUCAUUAUCCCUCUUUCCAUCACCCCGCCCCAUUCUCCCGCUUUCCAUCACACCGCCCCAUUCUCCCUCUAUCCAUCACCCCGCCCUAUUCUCCCGCUUUCUAUCACACCGCCUCAUUCUCCCGCUUUCCAUCACCCCUCCCCAUUCUCCCGCUUUCCAUCACCCAGCCCCAUUCUCCCGCUUUCCAUCACCCCGCCCCAUUCUCCCUCUUUCCAUCACCCCUCCCUAUUCUCCCGCUUUCCAUCACCCCGCCCCAUUCUCCCGCUUUCCAUCACCUCACCCCAUUCUUCCGCUUUCCAUCACCCCGCUCCAUUCUCCCACUUUCUAUCACCCCGCCCAGUUCUCCCUCUUUCCAUCACCCCUCCCCAUUUUCCCUCUUUCCAUCACCCCGCCCCAUUCUCCCUCUUUCCAUCACCCCGCCCCAUUCUCCCGCUUUCCAUCACCCCGCCCCAUUCUCCCUCUUUCCAUCACCCCGCCCCAUUCUCCCGCUUUCCAUCACCCCGCCCCAUUCUCCCGCUUUCCAUCACCCCGCCCCAUUCUCCCGCUUUCCAUCACCCCGCCCCAUUCUCCCUCUUUCCAUCACCCCGCCCCAUUCUUCCUCUUUCCAUCACCCCGCCCCAUUCUCCCCCAAUCCAUCACCUCGCCCCAUUUUCACUCAUUCCAUCACCCCGUCCCAUUCUCCCGCUUUCCAUCACCCCGCCCCAUUCUCCCGCUUUCCAUCACCCCACUCCAUUCUCCCGCUUUCCAUCACCCUGCCCAAUUCUCCCUCUUUCCAUCACCCCUCCCCAUUCUCCCUCUUUCCAUCACCAAGCCCCAUUCUCCCGCUUUCCAUCACCCCGCCCCAUUCUCCCUCUUUCCAUCACCCCGCCCCUUUCUUCCUCUUUCCAUCACCCCGCCCCAUUCUCCCUCUUUCCACCACCCCGCCCCAUUCUCCCUCUUUUCAUCACCCCGCCCCAUUUUCCCGCUUUCCAUCACCCCGCCCCAUUCUCCCGCUUUCCAUCACCCCGCUCCAUUGUCCCUCUUUCCAUCACCCCGCCCCAUUCUUCCGCUUUCCACCACCCCGCUCCAUUCGCUUUCUUUCCAUCACCCCGCCCAAUUCUUCCUAUUUCCAUCACCCCGCCCCAUUCUCCCUCUUUCCAUCACCCCGCCCCAUUCUCCCGCUUUCCAUCACACCACCCCAUUCUCCCGCUUUCCAUCACCACGCCCCAUUUUCCCUCUUUCCAUCACCCCGCCCCAUUCUCCCGCUUUCCAUCACCCCGCCCCAUUCUCCUGCUUUCCAUCACCCCGCUCCAUUCUCCCGCAUUCCAUCACCCCGCCCAAUUCUCCCUCUUUCCAUCACCCCUCCCCAUUCUCCCUCUUUCCAUCACCCCGCCCCAUUCUCCCGCUUUCCAUCACCCCGCCCCAUUCUCCCUUUUCCAUCACCCCGCCCCAUUCUCCCGCUUUCCAUCACCCCGCCCCAUUCUCCCUCUUUCCAUCACCCCGCCCCAUUCUUCCUCUUUCCAUCACCCCGCCCCAUUCUCCCCCAAUCCAUCACCUCGCCCCAUUUUCACUCAUUCCAUCACCCCGUCCCAUUCUCCCGCUUUCCAUCACCCCGCCCCAUUCUCCCGCUUUCCAUCACCCCACUCCAUUCUCCCGCUUUCCAUCACCCUGCCCAAUUCUCCCUCUUUCCAUCACCCCUCCCCAUUCUCCCUCUUUCCAUCACCAAGCCCCAUUCUCCCGCUUUCCAUCACCCCGCCCCAUUCUCCCUCUUUCCAUCACCCCGCCCCUUUCUUCCUCUUUCCAUCACCCCGCCCCAUUCUCCCUCUUUCCACCACCCCGCCCCAUUCUCCCUCUUUUCAUCACCCCGCCCCAAUUUCCCGCUUUCCAUCACCCCGCCCCAUUCUCCCGCUUUCCAUCACCCCGCUCCAUUCUCCCUCUUUCCAUCACCCCGCCCCAUUCUCCCGCUUUCCAUCACCCCGCCCUGUUCUCCCUCUUUCUAUCACCCCGCCCCAUUCUCCCUCUUUCCAUCACCCCGCCCCAUUCUCCCGCUUUCUAUCACCCCGCCCCACUCUCCAUCUUUCCAUCACUCCGCCCCAUUUUCCCGCCUUCCAUCACCCCGCCCCAUUCUCCAUGCUUCCAUCACCCCGCCCCAUUCUCCCUCUUUCCAUCACCCCGCCGGAUUUUUCAGCCUUCCAUCACCCAGCCCCAUUCUCCCUCUUUACAUCACCCCGCCCCAUUCUCCCGCUUUCCAUCACCCCGCCCCAUUCUCCCUCCUUCCAUCACCCCGCCCCAUUCUCCCUCUAUCCAUCACCCCGCCCCAUUCUCCCGCUUUCCUUCACCCCGUCCCAUUUUCCCGCUUUCCAUCACCCCGCCCCAUUCUCUUUCUUUCCAUCACCUCGCCCCAUUCUCCCGCUUUCCAUCACCCCGCCCCAUUCUCCCGCUUUCCAUCACCCCGCCCCAUUCUCCUGCUUUCCAUCACCCUGCCGAUUCUCCCGCUUUCCAUCAUCCCGCCCCAUUCUCCCUUUUCCAUCACCCCGCCCCAUUCUCCCGCUUUCAAUCACCCCGCCCCAUUCUCCCUCUUUCAAUCACCCCGCCACAUUCUUCCUCUUUCCAUCACCCCGCCCCAUUCUCACCCAAUGCAUCACCUAACCCCAUUUUCACUCAUUCCAUCACCCCGUCCCAUUCUCCCGCUUUCCAUCACCCCGCCCCAUUCUCCCGCUUUCCAUCACCCCACUCCAUUCUCCCGCUUUCCAUCACCCUGCCCAAUUCUCCCUCUUUCGAUCACCCCUCCCCAUUCUCCCUCUUUCCAUCACCAAGCCCCAUUCUCCCGCUUUCCAUCACCCCGCCCCAUUCUCCCUCUUUCCAUCACCCCGCCCCUUUCUUCCUCUUUCCAUCACCCCGCCCCAUUCUCCCUCUUUCCACCACCCCGCCCCAUUCUCCCUCUUUUCAUCACCCCGCCCCAUUCUCCCGUUUUCCAUCACCCCACCCCAUUCUCCCGCUUUCCAUCACCCCGCCCCAUUCUCCCUCUUUCCAUCACCCCGCCCCAUUCUCCCGCUUUCCAGCACCCCGCCCUGUUCUCCCUCUUUCCAUCACCCCGCCCCAAUCUCCCUCUUUCCAUCACCCCGCCCCAUUCUCCCGCUUUCUAUCACCCCGCCCCACUCUCCAUCUUUCCAUCACUCCGCCCCAUUUUCCCGCCUUCCAUCACCCUGCCCCAUUCUCUAUGUUUCCAUCACCCCGCCCCAUUCUCCCUCUUUCCAUCACCCCGCCCGAUUCUCCAGCCUUCCAUCACCCAGCCCCAUUCUCCCUCUUUACAUCACCCCGCCCCAUUCUCCCGCUUUCCAUCACCCCGCCCCAUUCUCCCUCUUUCCAUCACCCCGCCCCAUUCUCCCUCUAUCCAUCACCCCGCCCCAUUCUCCCGCUUUCCUUCACCCCGUCCCAUUUUCCCGCUUUCCAUCACCCCGCCCCAUUCUCUUUCUUUCCAUCACCUCGCCCCAUUCUCCCGCUUUCCAUCACCCCGCCCCAUUCUCCCGCUUUCCAUCACCCCGCCCCAUUCUCCUGCUUUCCAUCACCCUGCCCAUUCUCCCGCUUUCCAUCACCCUGCCCCAUUCUCCCUCUUUCCAUCACCCCGCCCCAUUCUCCCGCUUUCCAUCACCCCGCUCCAUUCUCCCGCUUUCCAUCACCCCGCCCAAUUCUCCCUACUUCCAUCACCCCUCCCCAUUCUCCCUCUUUCCAUCACCCCGACCGAUUCUCCCUCUUUCCAUCACCCCGCCCCAUUCUCCCUGUUUCCAUCACCCCGCCCCAUUCUCCCGCUUUCCUUCACCCCGUCCCAUUCUCCCGCUUUCCAUCACCCCGCCCCAUUCUCCCUCUUUCCAUCACCCCGCCCCAUUCUCCCUCUAUCCAUCACCCCGCCCCAUUCUCCCGCUUUCCUUCACCCCGUCCCAUUUUCCCGCUUUCCAUCACCCCGCCCCAUUCUCUUUCUUUCCAUCACCUCGCCCCAUUCUCCCGCUUUCCAUCACCCCGCCCCAUUCUCCCGCUUUCCAUCACCCCGCCCCAUUCUCCUGCUUUCCAUCACCCUGCCCAUUCUCCCGCUUUCCAUCACCCCGCCCCAUUCUCCCUCUUUCCAUCACCCCGCCCCAUUCUCCCGCUUUCCAUCACCCCGCUCCAUUCUCCCGCUUUCCAUCACCCCGCCCAAUUCUCCCUACUUCCAUCACCCCUCCCCAUUCUCCCUCUUUCCAUCACCCCGACCUAUUCUCCCUCUUUCCAUCACCCCGCCCCAUUCUCCCUGUUUCCAUCACCCCGCCCCAUUCUCCCGCUUUCCUUCACCCCGUCCCAUUUUCCCGCUUUCCAUCACCCCGCCCCAUUCUCUUUCUUUCCAUCACCUCGCCCCAUUCUCCCGCUUUCCAUCACCCCGCCCCAUUCUCCCGCUUUCCAUCACCCCGCCCCAUUCUCCUGCUUUUUAUCACCCUGCCCAUUCUCCCGCUUUCCAUCACCCCGCCCCAUUCUCCCUUUUCCAUCACCCCGCCCCAUUCUCCCGCUUUCCAUCACCCCGCCCCAUUCUCCCUCUUUCCAUCACCCCGCCCCAUUCUUCCUCUUUCCAUCACCCCGCCCCAUUCUCACCCAAUCCAUCACCUCGACCCAUUUUCACUCAUUCCAUCACCCGUCCCAUUCUCCCGCUUUCCAUCACCCCGCCCCAUUCUCCCGCUUUCCAUCACCCCACUCCAUUCUCCCGCUUCUCAUCACCCUGCCCAAUUCUCCCUCUUUCCAUCACCCCUCCCCAUUCUCCCUCUUUCCAUCACCAAGCCCCAUUCUCCCGCUUUCCAUCACCCCGCCCCAUUCUCCCUCUUUCCAUCACCCCGCCCCUUUCUUCCUCUUUCCAUCACCCCGCCCCAUUCUCCCUCUUUCCACCACCCCGCCCCAUUCUCCCUCUUUUCAUCACCCCGCCCCAUUCUCCCGUUUUCCAUUACCCCGCCCCAUUCUCCCGCUUUCCAUCACCCCGCCCCAUUCUCCCUCUUUCCAUCACCCCGCCCCAUUCUCCCGCUUUCCAUCACCCCGCCCUGUUCUCCCUCUUUCCAUGACCCCGCCCCAUUCUCCCUCUUUCCAUCACCCCGCCCCAUUCUCCCGCUUUCUAUCACCCCGCCCCACUCUCCAUCUUUCCAUCACUCCGCCCCAUUUUCCCGCCUUCCAUCACCCCGCCCCAUUCUCCAUGCUUCCAUCACCCCGCCCCAUUCUCCCUCUUUCCAUCACCCCGCCCGAUUCUCCAGCCUUACAUCACCCAGCCCCAUUCUCCCUCUUUACAUCACCCCGCCCCAUUCUCCCGCUUUCCAUCACCCCGCCCCAUUCUCCCUCUUUCCAUCACCCCGCCCCAUUCUCCCUCUAUCCAUCACCCCGCCCCAUUCUCCCGCUUUCCUUCACCCCGUCCCAUUUUCCCGCUUUCCAUCACCCCGCCCCAUUCUCUUUCUUUCCAUCACCUCGCCCCAUUCUCCCGCUGUCCAUCACCCCGCCCCAUUCUCCCGCUUUCCAUCACCCCGCCCCAUUCUCCUGCUUUCCAUCACCCCGCCCCAUUCUCCCGCUUUCCAUCACCCCGCUCCAUUCUCCCGCUUUCCAUCACCCCGCCCAAUUCUUCCUACUUCCAUCACCCCUCCCCAUUCUCCCUCUUUCCAUCACCCCGAUCUAUUCUCCCUCUUUCCAUCACCCCGCCCCAUUCUCCCUGUUUCCAUCACCCCGCCCCAUUCUCCCUCUUUCCGUCACCCCGCCACAUUAUCCCUCUUUCCAUCACCCUGCCCUAUUCUCCCUGUUUCCAUCACCCUGCCUCAUUCUCCCUAUUUCCAUCACCCCGCCCCGUUCCCCCGCUUUCCAUCACCCCGCCCAAUUCUCCCGCUUUCCAUCACCCCGCCCCAUUCUCCCACUUUCCAUCACCCCGUCCCGUUAUCCCGCUUCCCAUCACCCCACCCCGUUCUCCCGCUUUCCAUCACCCUGCCCCGUUCUCCCGUUUUCCAUCACCCCGCCCCGUUCUCCCUCUUUCCAUCACCCCACUCCAUUCUCCCGCUUUCCAUCACCCCGCCUAAUUCUCCCUCUUUCCAUCACUCCUCCCCAUUCUCCCUCUUUCCAUCACCCCGCCCCAUUCUCCCGCUUUCCAUCACCCCGCCCCAUUCUCCCGCUUUCCAUCACCCCAAGCCAUUCUCCCUCUUUCCAUCACCCCGCCUCAUUCUCCCGCUUUCCACCACCCCGCCCCAUUCUCCCGCUUUCCAUCACCCCGCCCCAUUGUCCCUCUUUCCAUCACCCCGCCCCAUUCUCCCUCUUUCCAUCACCCUGCCCCAUUCUCCCUCUUUCCAUCACCCCACCCCAUUCUCCCGCUUUCAAUCACCCCGCCCCAUUCUCCCCCUUUUCAUCACCCCGCCCCAUUCUCCCGCUUUCCAUCACCCCGCCCCAUGCUCCCGCCUUCCAUCAACCCGCCCCAUUCUCCCUCUUUCCAUCACCCCGCCCUAAUCUCCCUCUUUCCAUCACCCUGACCCAUUCUCCCGCUUUCCAUCACCCCGCCCCAUUCUCCCGCUUUCCAUCACCCCGCCCCAUUCUUCCGCUUUCCAUCACCCCGCCCCAUUCUCCCUCUUUCCAUCUCCCCGCCCCAUUCUCCCUUUCUCCAUCACCCCGCCCCAUUCUCCCGCUUUCCAUCACCCCGCCCCAUUCUCCCGCUUUCAAUCACCCCGCCCCAUUCUUCCGCUUUCCAUCACCCCGCCCCAUUCUCCCUGUUUCCAUCAGCCCGCCCCAUUCUCCCUCUUUCCAUCACCCCGCCCCAUUCUCCCGCUUUCCUUCAUCCCGCCCCAUUCUCUCGCUUUCCAUCACCCCGCCCUAUUCUCCCUCUUUCCAUCACCCUGCCCCAUUCUCCCGCUUUCCAUCACCCAGCCCCAUUCUCCUGCUUUCCAUCACCCAGCCCCAUUCUCCCGCUUUCCAUCACCCCGCUCCAUUCUCCCUCUUUCCAUCACCCCGCCCAAUUCUCCCUCUUUCCAUCACCCCUCCCCAUUCUCCCUCUUUCCAUCACCCCGCCACAUUCUCCCGCUUUCCAUCACCGCGCCUCAUUAUCCCUCUUUCCAUCACCCCGCCCCAUUCUCCCGCUUUCCAUCACCCCGCCACAUUCUCCCUCUUUCCAUCACCCCGCCCUAUUCUCCCUCUUUCCAUCACCCCGACCCAUUCUCCCGCUUUCCAUCACCCCACCCCACUCUCCCGCUUUCCAUCACCCCACCCCAUUCUCCCGCUUUCCAUCACCGCGCUCCAUUCUCCCGCUUUCCAUCACCCCGCCCAGUUCUCCCUCUUUCCAUCACCCCUCCCCAUUCUCCCUCUUUCCAUCACCCCGCCCCAUUCUCCCUCUUUCCAUCACCCCGCCCCAUUCUCCCGCUUUCCAUCACCCUGCCCCAUUCUCCCUCUUUCCAUCACCCCGCCCCAUUCUCCCGCUUUCCAUCACCCCGCCCCAUUCUCCUGCUUUCCAUCACCCUGCCCCAUUGUCCCUCUUUCCAUCACCCCGCCCCAUUCUCCCGCUUUCCACCACGCCGCUCUAUUCUCUUGCUUUCCAUCACCCCGCCCAAUUCUCCCUCUUUCCAUCACCCCUCCCGAUUCUCCCUCUUUCCAUCACCUCGCCCCAUUCUCCCGCUUUCCAUCACCCCGCCCCAUUCUCCCUCUUUCCAUCACUCCGCCCCAUUGUCCCGCUGUCCAUCACACCACCCCAUUCUCCCGCUUUCCAUCACCAUGCCCCAUUUUCCCUCUUUCCAUCACCCCGCCCCAUUCUCCCGCAUUCCAUCACCCCGCCCCGUUCUCCCGCUUUCCAUCACACCGCUCCAUUCUCCCGCAUUCCAUCACCCCGCCCAAUUCUCCCUCUUUCCAUCACCCCUCUCCAUUCUCCCUCUUUCCAUCACCCCGCCCCAUUCUCCCGCUUUCCAUCACCCCGCCCCAUUCUCCCUCUUUCCAUCACCCCGCCCCAUUCUCCCGCUUUCCAUCACCCCGCCCCAUUCUCCCUUUUCCAUCACCCCGCCCCAUUCUCCCGCUUUCCAUCACCCCGCCCCAUUCUCCCUCUUUCCAUCACCCCGCCCCAUUCUUCCUCUUUCCAUCACCCCGCCCCAUUCUCCCCCAAUCCAUCACCUCGCCCCAUUUUCACUCUUUCCAUCACUCCGCCCCAUUGUCCCGCUGUCCAUCACACCACCCCAUUCUCCCGCUUUCCAUCACCAUGCCCCAUUUUCCCUCUUUCCAUCACCCCGCCCCAUUCUCCCGCAUUCCAUCACCCCGCCCCGUUCUCCCGCUUUCCAUCACACCGCUCCAUUCUCCCGCAUUCCAUCACCCCGCCCAAUUCUCCCUCUUUCCAUCACCCCUCUCCAUUCUCCCUCUUUCCAUCACCCCGCCCCAUUCUCCCGCUUUCCAUCACCCCGCCCCAUUCUCCCUCUUUCCAUCACCCCGCCCCAUUCUCCCGCUUUCCAUCACCCCGCCCCAUUCUCCCUUUUCCAUCACCCCGCCCCAUUCUCCCGCUUUCCAUCACCCCGCCCCAUUCUCCCUCUUUCCAUCACCCCGCCCCAUUCUUCCUCUUUCCAUCACCCCGCCCCAUUCUCCCCCAAUCCAUCACCUCGCCCCAUUUUCACUCAUUCCAUCACCCCGUCCCGUUCUCCCGCUUUCCAUCACCCCGCCCUAUUCUCCCGCUUUCCAUCACCCCGCUCCAUUCGCCCCUAUAAAAGCGUCAACUCCCCUAUAA